CCGUCGUUUGAUAACACAACGCCUUGCACUCGUUCGUAUAAACUGACCGACCCCUUGAAGUAUGUUAGACUCGGGGUAACUAACUAAGGAAGACAUGAUUCAAUAGACUGUUUAGAAGGACAUAUCACAAACCCUCAAAAUGAAGGGUCUUUUUCUUGUCGAGCCGGUGGUUGCCUUGUACGCUUUCUCCAGCUUCCUCAUCUAUCCUCUUGUUCAGCAGUAUGUGUACCGGAGGCUGUGGGAACAGCUGACAAACACCACCUAUCCCAUUUCUGACAACGCGUCCAGAUGUGCAAACAGCAGCAACAGCAGCCACUCAUUCUACCAUGAGGAGGUCCAGAAGCAGGCGUCUCUCUUCUCCCUCUACACCGAGCUCUUCUCCACCAUCCCCUCCUUGGUGGUCACCCUCAUGCUUGUGGCAUACAGUGACCGAGGGGGACGCAAGAUCACGAUCAUCAUGCCUUUGAUUGGCACGUUGCUCUACACCCUGACCUUCCUGACAGUGUCCUUCUUUGAGCUCAACCUUUACCUGCUCAUCGGCUCCUCACUCCUCAGCUCUCUGUUCGGCGGCUUGGGCACAUUUCUAGGCGGCUGUUUCGCCUACAUAGCAGACCUGUGCGAGGAUGAUCAGCAGAAGACGCUGCGUAUGGCUGGUGUGGACAUGAUGAUUGGCCUGUUGUCUGGGCUGGCUUCAAUAUCAACAGGCUACUUUCUGAGAGCUGCAGGCUUUAACUGGCCUUUUGUUACCUCGGCAUUGUGUCAAUGUUUGAUCCUUUUUUAUGCAACAUUUAUCCUGGAAGAGACUGUGAAGAAGCCCCCCACAGACGCUGUUAUCGUUGGGUCUCCUCAGCCCUCUGCCAUAAAACAGAUGUUAUACGGGGUCUACCAGAUGUUUGCAGGGGCCAGCCGCAGGUGUAAAACUGUCCUGGUGCUGCUGAUACUCAUUUUCACCAGUUUCUCCUUCGCUUACAUUGGAGGGAGCUCCAUGAUUACACUUUACGAGCUCAAUGAGCCGCUAUGCUGGACGGAGAUUCUGAUUGGCUACGGCGCAGCACUUUCCUCCACAGUGUUCCUGACAAGUUUCGCAGGAGUGACGGCGUUCACCUUCUGCGGUGUGCCAAAGCUGCUCAUUAUCCUGAUAGGGAUCCUCUCCGUUCUAUCGGGCAUGAUCCUGUUGGGCUUCACAAAGACUACUUUACUCAUGUUUUUAGUGAGGUUGCCGAUGCUCCUGGCUGUUGUUCCUUUCCCUGUCCUGCGAUCCAUGAUGUCAAAGAUCAUCUCAAAGUCUGAGCAGGGAGCCCUGUUUGCCUUUGUUUCCUUCCUGGAGAGUUUAACCAGCAAUGUAUCCGCGGCAGUCUUCAACAGUAUCUAUGCUGCUACGGUGGCAUGGUACCCUGGUUUUGUCUUCUUGUUGUCGGCAGGACUCUGUGCCAUCCCUCUGUUUUUCCUCGGGGUGGUGGGGUUGAUAGGAGUGGAUGUACCAGUAGAGGUAGGAAAGCCAGAGCCUGUCUACUCAGGGGAGGAGGAUCCUGUUGAAGAUCUGAAUGAAAACAGUCCUCUUCUAAUCUGAGCCACACGGACCGCCAAAACCUCACCAGCAACGCAGUGGUUCUUUUGUCAGCUGUUUCCUGCAUUGCUGGGAAGCUACAGUAAGUGUAUGCUGAAAAAUCAACAACAAAUUGUGCUCAUUUCAAGUUUUCUGCAAGUUAAGGGAUAUUAAACCCUUUAGUAUUAUUUAAAUUUGUAUGCAGAGUUACAGUAAAUCUGUGUCAAAGAAGAACAUUGUUAAGAAUUUUUGAUUCAAAGUCCCUUCAGGAAGUGUUAUAGAAGCUGUUUUUUAAUUAUUCAUUCUGACCACCAGGUGUCGCCCUUGGUUCAGUCUUGCAGAGACACUUAAAUAACGUGGACAUAAAAAGCCCUGCACAUAAUACCAGCUGUUGUAGACGAGGACAUGAGGGGAAGGUUUUAAUGAUUUUGUUUUGUACUGUUUUAUAAUCAAUAAAAUUGUUAUGACUCAUGAAUAUA